ACUCAGCACCCGGAUUAAAGCAGAUUAUCACCUGUUGGCUGUUGCGAGUCAUCGCGCCACCGUCGUCUUCUCUGGGGAGACCGGGACAGUGUAGCUUAUUGAGCUUCCUCUUGACCGCGAAAUCUGCGACCGACAAGCCGGCCGCCGGCGGCAGAAGAUGGGGAAGGACCACGCCGGCGACGGCCGCCAUCACCAUGUUAUCCAAGUCCCAGCCUCAGCAUCAGAAGUUGCAGCGGUGGAGGAGACUGAGACCACUGAUCCAGCAGACUGCUCCCUGCAUCAGAAGGCAGCCGAGAUGGUUGCCUCAUCCAUGGAGGCAUACCGGAGCAAGCCGCUCUCCUUCUGGCUGCUGCUCCUUCUCAGCGCCGGCGCGAUGCUCACGGCGUUCCCGGCGUCGAGCCUCCUGUCGCGGCUGUACUACAAUAACGGAGGCAACAGCAAGUGGAUCUUGUCGUGGUCCGCCGUCGCCGGCUGGCCGCUGCCGGCGCUCUUCCUGCUCCCGUACUACCUCCUCGGCAAGGCGUCGCCGACGCCGCUGUCGCUGAAGCUGUGCGCCUGGUACGUCCUGCUCGGCUUCCUCAGCGCCGCCGACAACCUCAUGUACGCCUGGGCCUACGCCUAUCUCCCGGCGUCCACCGCGUCGCUCGUCGCCGCGUCGUCGCUGGUGUUCUCGGCGCUGUUCGGCUACGCCAUCGUGAAGAACAGGCUGCGGCUGUCGUCGCUGAACGCCAUCGUCGUCAUCACCGCCGGCGUGGUGAUCAUCGCGCUGGACUCGCAGUCGGACAGGUACCCGGGGAUCACCGACAAGCAGUACACGCUAGGGCUCGUCUGGGACGUCCUCGGGUCGGCGCUCCACGGCCUCAUCUUCGCGCUGUCGGAGCUCGUGUUCGUCAAGAUCCUCGGCCGGAGGUCGUUCCACGUGGUGCUGGAGCAGCAGGCGAUGGUGUCGUUCUGCGCCUUCGCGUUCACGUCCGUGGGGGUCGCCGUGAACGGCGACUUCCCGGCGAUGCGGCGGGAGGCAGCCGGGUUCAAGCACGGCGAGGUGUCGUACGUGAUGGUGAUGGUGUGGUCGGCGGUGACGUUCCAGCUGGGCGUACUGGGAGGCACCGGCGUGCUGUUCUUGGCGUCGACCGUCCUCGCCGGCGUGCUGAACGCCGUGAGGGUGCCGGUGACGAGCAUCGCGGCGGUCAUCUGGUUCCAUGACCCCAUGAGCGGGUUCAAGAUCCUAUCUUUGGUCAUCACCGUGUGGGGGUUUGGCUCCUACAUGGUUGGCCACUCUUCUACCAAGAAAGCAUCCACAAAUUAAUUCUUGUACUAUUACUAGACUAGAGGAAAACCUGACAAUGUGUGAAAUUUGUGGCUUUUAAACUUUGUAAUUGUAGUUGUUCUGGGAUCAGAUUGCAAAGAGAAAAAAAGGGCAACACCGAAAUGGACGAAAUUUGAUCAAACUAGAACCUAAAUUAAUAAGUUUGACUAAA